AUGCGCACACGAUGUCGGUAUAUUUUCCUGAUCGCAAUAGUGGUCCUUCUGCUACUUAUCACGUUUUCAGAAAUAUAUAACAAUGUGAGUGACGUUGAGGAAUUUACCAAUUCUGAAGAGAAUCGUAAACCAGACACUGGAAAUAAGCCAAACCAUGGUUCAGUUAGCAAUGAUUUGUCCAGUCUACCUACAUGUGAGGACAAAUCCCCUGACUGUCUCUUCUACCAAAGUCGUCUUAAAAUUUGCAAUGAUAUAGAGGCUGUUCGGAAAAUGGGUUGUUAUAAAACAUGCAGCGUAUGUGCUAUGAAAAGCCAAGAAAAGGUAGAGCUAAACCUUGCAGAGACAAAGAAUGCCGAAUUACCGCGUCCCAUUAUCAAACUUCAAGAAUUGGUAAAUGGGACAACGAUAUCGACAUCCGGUAAUCCAGCUUUUUUGUCUGCGGAUUUUUUACAUGGGUAUUUAACAUGCAAGUUUGAUGGGCUGGACAAAGAAACUCUGUUUAACUUGAUCGGAACACAUACUACAACUCCUUUCAAGAUUUGUUUGAAAAAAGGAACAAGUAACACAAAUGGAACGGUAUUACAGACUUGUUUGAAACUCCUACAGGAUAAAUGUGAAUCCAGCAAAGUACGCGUAGUUAAAACAAUCCGUGUAAGAAUGAGGACUACCGUUGAUUUACUACUGCAAAAGAUUCCUGGAUUAAAAGUGAUACACUUAUUUCGUGACCAGAGACCGCGACUUCUUUCUGCGGAAAGCACUCCCUUCAUGUUAGCUUAUACCUUACAAAAAACAGCGAAAUUGGAAUGUUCUGACACCUAUGAUGACAUAGAUAUACAAACAGCGCUGAAAAAACAACAUCCUGACCAAAUAAAAACUCUUUUGUACGAGAGGCUAGCUGAAUAUCCUCUCGAUAUAGCGAGGCGCAUAUUUAAUUUUCUUGGUUUACCAUUAACAAAAAUGUCGAUUGAUAAGAUUCAGAGUAUGACAUCUUCAACAAAUGAACUUAAUUGUCCUUUUUGUACGGAAAAAAACGAUUCUGCAAAAACCGCGCAUGCAUGGAGAACUAAAAAGUCUCAAGAUUUCUUAAAAAUUAAAAUGAUAGAGGAAGCAUGUGAAAAGGUUCAAAAAGCACUUGGUUACGUACCUGUGAAUAACAUGGUCGAGCUGAGGAAUAUUUCGGUAAGUCUUAGAGUCGAUACUGCUUUCACUGCUGAUGUGCUAUAG